UUCUUGCGUUCUUCAAAUGAAUUGAAAUACAAGAUGGCGCCACGAUCUCUUGAUGUUUGUGAUGAAAUUCGCGUAUGUUUCUUUGGGUAGUUUGGGUUAGCAGCUGAACACCGGUGAAUUAUCAACAAAAUGUCGAAUAUGUCUUCGCAAAUAAGCACCCGCGAUAAAUUACUUUACAUAGUUGAUGAUAUCGAACUAAUUUCAAAAGAAAUGAUCGAGAAUGCCAUUGCACCGAAACACGCAAAACUUUCCGCCGUCGACUAUGCACAACUCACUGAACUUUUGGUCGCCAAAGACAACGAACUCAAAAACAUGCUCAAACAAGCCAGUGAGCAGGCUGAGAUUGAGAAGAAAAUGGAUCUACUGCAGGCAGAAGUCAACAGACAGGAUGAAGAUAUCAAUCAACUACAGAAACAACUGAAAGAAGCUGAACAAAUUCUUUCCACUGCAAUAUACCAAGCAAAUCAGAAACUUCAGAGUAUUGCCAAGGCUAACAAGAGACCAGUGCCACCUGAAGAGUUGAUUAAAUUUGCACACAGAAUCAGUGCUUCUAAUGCUGUGUGUGCACCUUUGACAUGGCAACAAGGAGAUCCCAGAAGACCUUAUCCUACAGAUAUUGAGAUGAGAUUAGGGUUCUUGGGCAGAUUGAGUGAUCCUAUAAAUGGACAUUUAUUACAGAAUCCAAACAGUAUGUCAGACUUGCAUAGGCCAGGUGGGCAUUCAGAGAUUCCUGCCUCACAACAAAAUCAAUUUGCUUGGCAUCCUUCUGGGGAGAUACACAUGGCUGUUGGGCAGGGUGGUAGUGUCCCAAUGGAUACUAGGAAUCAUAAACAGGAAAAUGAGGAUGUGGAAGUUAUGUCAACAGAUUCCAGCAGCAGUUCAUCAAGUGAUUCUCAGUAGUUUUAAUAAUAUUAAGUAUUUUUAGGUGUAAGAAUAAAUUUUAUUCAUUUUUUUGUACCAGUA